CCAUGGGACAGCGUGGAGUUUUGUCAGUGGUCGUUUCGGAAAACUGCUAAAGACUCAUGCAAGAUGAGAAAAACAGUAUUGAUUCUCGCACCAUGUGUGGUUCUUUGUCUCUUUAUGACCGUUGGCCAAGGAAGCAGACAAGGACAGGAUAUCAAAUGUGGGGCAUGCAGGGCUCUUGUGGAUGAGAUGGGGUGGGCCAUUUCCCAGAUAGAUCCCAAGAAGAUGAUCCAGACAGGAUCCUUCAGGAUCAAUCCAGAUGGCAGCCAGUCCAUUAGAGAGGUUCCUCUUGCUCGCUCUGAGGGAAACCUCCUGGAGUUAAUGGAUGGUGUGUGUGAGAGGAUGCAGGACUAUGGGGAGCUUGUAGACUCUUCCACAAGCAGGAAAAGCUAUCUCAGGGUCACAUCUCGGAAUGGUGAAGCCAUGGAUCUCACAGAGGCUAAACUGGAUUCGAGAGUUACGUCCAGUUUAAAAUUCGCAUGCGAGACAAUUGUUGAGCAGCAUGAGGAUGAAAUAAUCGAGUUCUUUGCUCAUGAGACCGAUAAUGUCAAAGACAAACUGUGCAGCAAGAGGACAGAUCUUUGUGACCAUGCUCUGAGAAUGCAUCACGAUGAGCUCUGAUGUCUCCCUUCCUGAAACAUGAGUUCCCUCUGAUGGAUUCACAUGGAAGUUCUGGGCACUGUAGUGUUGGGUUGUGUCUCAUUUGUACGCCAUUGCAGUGAUGGAAUAUGUGAAGACGACAUCAGCUUAACUACCCCACACGUGUAAUGACUUCAGAAAGUUCUGCUUCUGAAAGAGUCGCUCCCAAAGCUAGAGAAGACAGCUAGCUUUCUCUUAUAUUACCCCAUGAUACUGUUUAGAAUAUUGUAUGAACAAGGUUUCACAUUAUGUUCAUACGUUUCUGAAUUCCAGCUGUAAAAGAUCACAGACAUAAUGACCCUUCCCUCGUCUAAAGACCUGAAACUCUCGUGCUCACAUGUUCCAGUGAAAGCACUCAAUUUCAAAAUGCUACUUAACUACAGAUAUUUCUCUAUUACCUAUUCACUUACCAAAACAAUCCCCCCCCCCCAAAACAUCACUUUUCUUUAGAGUUUUUGCACUUAUGAACAACUUCGUGUGAGCGCUAGACGCCAGAACAGCGGCCCUGAUACAGUAUAUCAUAUGAAGACUAUAUGAUAUGAUAUGAUAUGAUGGUAUGCGAUGAUAUGAAGACUAUAUGAUGAUAUGAUAUGAGACUAUAUGAUAUGAUGUAUAAUAUGAUAUGAAGACUAUAUGAUAUGGUAUAUGAUAUGAUAUGAGACUAUAUGAUAUGAUAUGAUAUGAAGACGAUAUGAUGAUUUGAGUGUUUUUGACAGUAAAUCAUCCCUGCUGUUCCUCAUGGACCUGUUGUUCCUCAUGAACAUGUUCCUCAUCCCCUCAUCCCUGCUGUUCCUCAUGAACGCUCGUCCCUGCUGUUCCUCAUGAGCCCUUGUCCCUGCUGUUCCUCAUCCUCUCGUCCCUGCUGUUCCUCACGAGCCCUCGUCCCUGCUGUUCCUCAUGAGACCUCAUCCCUGCUGUUCCUCAUCCCCUCGUCCCUGCUGUUCCUCAUGAGCCCUCAUCCCUGCUGUUCCUCAUGAACCCUCGUCCCUGCUGUUCCUCAUGAGCCCUCAUCCCUGCUGUUCCUCAUGAACCCUCAUCCCUGCUGUUCCUCAUGAACCCUCGUCCCUGCUGUUCCUCAUGAGCCCUUGUCCCUGCUGUUCCUCAUGAACCCUCGUCCCUGCUUUUCCUCAUGAACCCUCAUCCCUGCUGUUCCUCAUGAACCCUCGUCCCUGCUGUUUCUUAUGAGCCCUCGUCCCUGCUGUUCCUCAUGAACCCUCGUCCCUGCUGUUUCUUAUGAACCCUCGUCCCUUCUGUUCCUCAUGAACCCUUGUCCCUGCUGUUUCUUAUGAGCCCUUGUCCCUGCUGGCCUCAUCACAAAUCCAGUCAAGCAGUUGUUGGAAGUGCAGCUGUUGAUGUCACGAAGAAACUCAGAUUGUCAUUGUCUCUAGCUUUGGGAGUGAUUUUUUUUAUUAUUAUUUUUUAUAGUGAACUGUCAAACACCAUGCACUCCACGACAGCUUUUGUAAGUUUGAAUUUUCAACUAUGAAACCUUUAAGAUAAGAUGGCGAUUUGGUUUUACUUAUUCGGAAAAAUUUGAAGUUGGAAACAUAAUAAUUUCCUGGACUGAUCCCAGGCUGUAAACAUGUUUCAUCAGACAUUCGUUGAACAGGUUUUUUUGGGCAAUAUGUUGAAUGUUGGGAGUUAAAUAAUUUAGAAGAGAUUUGCAGCAGGGUAACUAACUUAUGGAAAGCUCAAACUGAAAUGCAAGUAAAAACUGUAUGUAAGAUGUCAGGCAACGUCAUCGGUUGCCUGUCAGAGUGUUACUGACUAAAAGCCUCUAGCAUGGCCACAAUGACCUACAAUAUUACAUAGAAUUUGUUUUGUUUCAUUGGUUACCAUUGUUAAAGUUCUGGAGUUACUGAAAUCACCGGGGAUGUCAACGUAGAUGUAACAUGAUGCUACAGUACAGACUCGUAACAGGUCUGUGUUGGUAAACACAAGUUAAACUACAGCGCUUGGCAGAACCAAGUAUCAUGAUAUGCCGCAGAGCACAGACCAGCUUUGUUAAAGUAUAUUACUGGAGGUGGUUGGAACGUUGCUCUGCUGGUUUGUCUUGGACAUUAUGUUUACACCUUGUUCUCAUUUUACACAGCCAGCAGAGGACGCAGCUCCAUGUAAGAAAAGAGUACCUCGGCCUCUUGGGUAUGAAACCAGCAGUAGCAUCUUUGUGAUUUCGUAAAACUGAAAUACCACUUCUCCCCACUAGAGAGAGCUGUGGUCCACUGUGUGAACGUCAUCGUGUAUAAGAAUCAGGAUGACCGUAGUGUGGAGGUGGAAGCCCUGGACAGUGAUCUUGAAUAAGAGUUUUGGUGCUGUUCUUCUGAAGUGAGGAGCUCUCAUGUUGUUUGUGGGUCAUUUAUUUACCAAAUGAGAAUGACUGCCUUGUAUGGUGACUAUUCAUCUGAAAUGUUCACAUUUUGUAAGAUGUCCGUCUGUUCUCACAAAAAAGGAAAUAUAUUUUUACAACAUCAACAUAA